CUGACACUAGCAUACAUCUCCCGCAUGCUCAUGGAGGAGGACAUUGUCGACAAGUUCUACCAAUAUACUGACCACCCGAAGCUCCUGCAGGCCGAGCAGCCCUUCGCCGAGAUUCUCUCUUCCUCCGGCAUCACCUCAUCUGAUGUCCAGGAGUCCUCCAUCUUACCGCCAGGCUAUGGAAACCACACUGGCACCGCCAGCAUGGUUUCUGGGUUCUUGCCCGACGAGGUACAUAAUCCUGCCUUCUUCUUGAAUGGCACAGUCGCACCGGAGGAGCCCAUAAGUAGCACCUACAUGAGCAUGCUGUCAAGCAUGGCUUUCUUCAAAGGCAUGGAGGAAGCCAGCAGGUUCUUGCCCACACACGAUGGGUUGGUGGAUGAUAGGGGGCGUCAGAAUAUGUUUGACAUAGAUGGCGAUCCUAUGGAGGCGUGCUUGGGCAGGAGCAGCAAGGAAAUAGAGGUGCUGGUGCAUACUGACUCUAAGGAGGAAGAUACAACGGUCGAGAUGUCAGACCUGCUCAUCCUUUACCCCAGUGAGAUGAUGAAGGGAAGGGGGGACAAGGCGGCGCAGCAGAGCAUUUGCAGGAAGGCUCCACGUGUGAGGUGCAGUGCAUGGCAGAUGAUGGUGGCUGACCUGGACACGCUGCUGAUCCGCUGCGCCGAGGCGGUAGCUAAUAGUGACCGGCGCAGAACGGACGAUCUUCUGAAGCGGAUCAAGCGGCACUCAUUACCGACAGGAGAUGCAACACAGCGACUGGCGCAUUACUUCGCUGAGGGGCUGGAGGCACGGAUGGCAGGCACAGGAUGGCAACUCUACCACUCGAUCACCGCGGCGAAGCGUGCCUCCAUCGUGGAGCUCCUCAAGGGCUACCACCAGUACAUGGCCACCUGCUGCUUCCUGAAGUUGUCGAUCCACUUCUCCAACAAGAACAUCUACAAUGCAGUGGCGGGUAGAAAGAAGCUACACAUUGUGCACUACGGUGUCAACGACGGGCAUCAGUGGCCGGAAUUGCUCCGGUGGCUAGCAGGCAGGGAGGGUGGGCCACCGGAGGUGAGGUUGACCGGAAUUACUAGCCCGCAGCCCGGGUUGUGUCCGGCCAAGCAAGCCGAGGAGGCAAAAUGCAGGCUCAGCUACUGCGCAAGACAGUUUGGAGUGCCAUUCAAGUUCCGUGCUAUCAUAGCCAGGUUAGAGGAUGUCCAUGCUGAGGACCUUGACAUCGAUCCUGAGGAGGUGCUCGUAGUGAACAACCUGUUCCAUUUCAGGACUUUGCUGGACGAGAGCCUCACCUUUGACACGGUAAACCCAAGGGACCUGGUGCUCAACACUAUCAGGGAGAUGAGACCGGCCGUGUUCGUCCACGCCACUGUCAAUGGAUCCUACAGCUCAGCGUUCUUCAAGACUCGUUUCCGCGAAGCGCUCCAUAACUUCACGGCGCAGUUUGACAUGAUGGAGACCACCAUGCCGCGGGGCAACAGCAAGAGGUUACUGGUGGAGCGUGACGUCUUUGCCCGGUGUGCUCUGAACAUCAUCGCCUGUGAGGGCUCUGACCGGGUGGAGCGCCCUCAGAACUACAAGGAGUGGCAGGCACAGAACCGCCGAGCUGGGCUGAGGCAGCUGCCGUUGGACCCUGACAUUGUUGAGAUACUCAAGGAGCAAGUGAGGGAGCAGUACCACAGGCAUUUCGUGAUCAAUGAGGAUGGCCGGUGGCUUCUGCUGGGAUGGAAAGGCCGGGUGCUCUAUGCCCUCUCGACAUGGACAGCUGAUGAUGCUAGUGCCUCUCAACUGGCCUAG